AACAGUUCGUGUCUUCCUGCGGGUCCUUGUCGUAAUAGAGGCAGCAGAAGUGCAGAUCUUGCACCGCAUGGAAGGACGAAAACAAUUUUGUGCAAGACGAGAUGCGGGAUGCCAAGGUAUCUGACACUUUCUCUUCGGACCAUCUACUCCACCUACCAGCAGGGACGGAUCUGUACGACGAAUCGCGCCACCAAUAUUUGAAAGAGGCAGUGCUUAAAGGUCCAGACCUCUCCCAGCGGGCACGGGCACUAUGCAAUGUCGUACUGUAUGUUUGCUUCUAGAU